GAGCGAGAAAGAGUCAGUCAAAAACUGUCCCUGCUGCCACUCACUCUUUCUCUCUCAUACUGGUAUCCGAUUCUCACUGUCAAGAUUUGGUAGUAAUUUUCCAGUUUUUAAAAGAAAGAAAGGUGGUUAGCCUUGUCGUGUACCUACUAUGUGCUUGAAUUUUUGUUCAUGAGUCUUUAUGAAAGGAGACCAAUAGAGAGUGUCAAUGUCGUUGUAAUAAAUAACAAUCAAGAACGAAAACACACACACACACACACACACACACACAAAAACUGUUCCAAAAGGAGGAGACAAAAGACAAUGAAAGCUUUGGAGCUAGCAGUAGAGUGGCUUAGACCCAUUGUCCGAGUUCAAAAAUGGGAUUACUGUGUCGUUUGGAAAUUGGGUGAUGAUCCUUCCAGGUAUAUUGAAUGGUUGGAUUGCUGUUGUGGUGGUGGAUAUGAGAUUUCAAAUGUCAAAGAGGAGAUUGACGAGCUCACUCCGCUUUGCAGAGAUUCUUGCUUGAAGCACCGUGUGAGGACCAAAGCUUGUGAGGCUCUUUCUCAGCUUCCCCUUUUCAUGCCCCUAUACUCUGGGAUUCAUACGGAGGUGGUGAUAUCGACCGAACCCAGUUGGAUUAGCCAAAUUGAUGCCAUGGAUUCAAAUGCUUCAAAUAUGGACUCCGUAGGAACCCGAGUGUUCAUCCCAAUUAUGGGUGGUCUUAUUGAGCUCUAUGCUAUAAAGCAUAUACCAAAAGAUCAGAAAACCUUAGAGUUGAUUUUGUAUCAGUAUAAUCUCUCUUUGGAACGAGAAAUGAUGAGUGCACACAGCUGUACUGAUGUGAGUCGUAAUGAGCUACUUGAUAAACUGUCCGAAGAGUAUAUACAGAAGUGCUCACGUUCCUUGCAUUUGCUAACUUUCAAUCAAGUUUUUCCUUCAUUAAACCAACCUGGGUCCUAUGCUAGCACUGAGGGAUCUUCCAGUAGCUCAAAUCCUUCAAAUGAACAUCUAAAUUUUAAUUCAAAUUGUCAUUUGCCUUCCAAACAGUCUGAGAAAUCUUCUGGUUCCAAAAACCCUGAGUACAAUGAAAUUUUGGUAAAGAAACAGAAUGUUUUGGUUUCAGAGUGUGGCAUUGUAGCACAGAACCAUAAUGGCAAAGUUCUAAAGAGGAAAGAAAGAGAAAAUUACCAUUCGAAGAAUCUUGUUACAGAGAGAAACAGGAGGAACAGGAUUAAAGAUGGGCUCUUCGCCCUGCGUUCCUUAGUCCCAAAAAUAACUAAGAUGGAUAGAGCUUCAAUUCUUGGAGAUGCUGUUGAGUUUAUAGAAGAGCUGCAGAAAAAGGAAAAGGAACUCCUAGAAGAGCUCAGAAUACUGGAAGAAGAGGAUUGUCAAAAGAGCAAAGCCGACAUUAAGAUUUCACCGUCAAAAAGUGAUAUUGGGUGCAGCAGUUGCUUGCCUGGCUCCUCUACAUUUUGCCCAGAUAUUCGAACAGAGGUGGAGGUUAACCAGAUUGGCAAAAAGGAUUGUUACAUUAAACUCUUCUGCAAGGAGAAGAAAGGGGGCUUUGUGCGAUUGAUUGAGGCUAUCGAUUCGUUAGGGCUUCAAGUAGUUAAUGCCAAUGUUACCACAUUCAACGGUGCAGUCCAAAACAUUCUUGAGGUUGAGGCAAAUAAGGACAUUCAGGCAAAUAAUUUGAAGGACUCAUUGAUCAAGCUAACAGGUUAGACCAUAUUAGAGAGUUGAUAAGAGUCAGUAAAGGGAAGAAGUUGGAGAGCAAAGGUUUAACUGAGAAAGAGUUUUGAUAUCCAAUAGAUAUUUGUGGCAGCAUGCAAUCCGGUUUUAAUGCAUCUCUUGGUUGUUUUUUUUUUUUUUUUUUUUUUUUCCUCCCUCCUGCUCAGUCAAAUAUCUUGAUUGGCCUGCAUAGAAGACUCGCACCAUAUCUCUUUUUAAGUUUUGAAGAAAUGUAGUCAUUGCUGCUGCGAAACAUUGAUAGUUACUAAUGUAAUUUUUCAUUUUGUCAUUACUAUACAGACUUCA